ACUUGCUGUGUUUACCAUCCGUGUGCACGUUGUUUUCUGUUCGAUCUGUUGUUUCCCGGCGUGCAGAAUAAGUUCUCCGCUUCGUGGCCGGUUUUAAUACGCACCGAGCAACAUGUCCAGCUCGGAAAGUGAUGAUAUGUCCGAUGUGGAGCAGGCAGCACGGGCUGCUGCGAACGGUGACGAUUCGUCUAACGAACAGGAGGAUGGAUCUGAUUCCGGUAGCGAUGAGGAGGAACCCGAGCAGGCUGAGAAUGGUACCGACAGCACACAAACGUGGGAAGACUUGGGUCUAAUGGAUACACUAUGUCAAGCGUGCCGUGGUCUGAAAUGGAAAGCUCCGUCAAAAAUUCAGCGCGAAGCAAUCCCACUCGCACUACAGGGAAAGGACAUUAUUGGACUGGCUGAAACGGGUUCCGGUAAGACGGGAGCAUUCGCUCUUCCCAUCCUGCAGUCACUGCUGGACAACCCGCAACGAUACUUUGCUGUCGUCCUCACGCCGACACGUGAACUGGCGUACCAAAUAUCGGAACAGUUCGAAGCACUCGGUGCGAUGGUCGGUGUGAAAUGUUGCGUUAUCGUCGGUGGUAUGGAUCUGGUGACGCAGGCAAUCCAGCUCGCCCGUAAACCGCACAUCAUCAUCGCUACGCCGGGCCGAUUGGUGGAUCAUCUCGAGAACACGAAAGGGUUCAAUCUGAAGGCGAUAAAGUACCUCGUAAUGGAUGAAGCGGACCGUAUCCUUAACAUGGAUUUCGAGGAGGAGGUAAACAAAAUACUGAAAGUAUUGCCACGCGAACGGCGCACCUAUCUGUUCAGUGCCACCAUGACGAAGAAGGUGAAGAAGCUCGAACGUGCGUCACUGCGCGAUCCGGUCAAGGUGGAAGUGUCGAGCAAAUACCAGACGGUGGAGAAACUGCUGCAGUACUAUCUGUUCAUACCGGCCCGCUUCAAGAACGUCUAUCUGGUACACGUGCUGAACGAGCUGGCCGGGAAUAGCUUUAUGAUUUUCUGCAGCACCUGCAGCAACACGGUCCGCACGGCACUGAUGUUGCGUGCCCUUGGGCUCGCUGCCGUUCCACUGCACGGCCAGAUGACGCAAAACAAACGUAUGGCGGCGCUAAACAAAUUCAAAUCGCAAGCCCGCCAAAUCCUCAUUUCAACCGACGUUGCUUCCCGCGGUCUUGACAUCCCGCACGUAGACGUCGUGCUAAAUCUGGACAUUCCGAUGCACAGCAAGGACUACAUCCAUCGGGUAGGACGUACCGCACGUGCCGGACGCGCCGGUCAAGCCAUCACCUUCGUGACGCAAUACGACGUCGAGUUGUACCAGCGUAUCGAGCAUCUGCUCGGCAAAAAGCUACCCGAGUACAAGUGCGAACAGGACGAGGUAAUGGCACUGCAGGAGCGCGUAGCCGAAGCUCACCGAACGGCGCGCAUCGAGCAGCAAGACAUCGAGGAGCGGAAGGCAAGCAAAACGGGCAAACGGGGUGCAAACGAUUCCGACGAGGAAGAUACGGAACAGUUCAACGGUGUACGGAAGCGAUUGAAACCCACGGGCAAAGGAAAAGGAGGCAAGGGAGGAGGCAAGAAGCCACGAAGAAAAUAAUCACCUUUGCUCAUGGUGUAGUAUAAGUACUUUGUUUCUGCGAUGCGAUUAUGUUUGAAAAAAUGAAAUAAACAAACAAAAAAACACAAACAUUCAAAACAA